UCAUAAACUGGGCACAAUAAGAAACUUGUUUUCUAAUGUAAUUUAAGCAGUAUUGCGCUGCUUGCCGUUGUGGUCAUUACGGAUCGAAAUAAAGAUAUACGAAAGGAACCUCCAGAAGUUCUAUGCAUUAACUGUGUUCUACUACAGUAUAGCAUUUCGUCAUUGAGCGACUGAAAAGUUCUUCAAUUUUUUAACAUCGAGGAUAACAACCCUUUUUAAAUGCGGCUUUUCAGUGCUUUAUUAGCGGCUGUUGCAUUGCUUGUUGAUGUCGGGGAACCAGCAUCGUAUCGGCACACUAUGGAAGAACGUUGUGGGAGUAAACUAUUGCUCUCAUAUUCCACCAAGAACCUGCAUAAACGAGGAGGCGAACUCCGAUUCCAGAAAAUGCCGCCACCCAAUUGCAAUGUUACCAUCGGACUCUUCCUUCAGGGAUCGGAGCUGCCUUCGCAGAAGGCAAUUUAUUUAAAUGUAGUGCAGUUGCACUUGGGCAGUGGACGAUCGUUAGCCAUCGUUGACAAGAGAUCUGGACAUAAUAUCUUGUUCAAGCAUAAUACGAUACGAAGCGCACCGCAUGCCAAGAAGUUUCUACCAUCCGUGGCGCACAUUCGGUCGAUAUUCCAGGAGCAUCCUUCUCUGAUGAUUGUUAUCAAAGGGGAUGCUGGCGCUAGUGUCCCCGGUACCAGUUACUUCGCUACUAUCGAGUACACCAUUCUGACAAAAGAGCGAUCGAGUGACAUGUACUACUGUCAACCGCUGGAUGGUUUCAUCCCCAAAGCCAUGUGCGACGACAACCAACGCCGGAUUAGUUGUCCAGUGUCGUAUAGUCCGAACAGCGCCGUUAGGGAACACAAUCUAUUGCAAAGCCACCCUUGUAAUCGCAACCAAAUCAACCUUCCACCUACCCUUAUUGAUACCGUUUCCUUGGUCGGUGGUCAGUCUAUUGGCACCGUCGGUUAUUUCCUGUCUCCAUUGGCUCCCACCCAGCUAUCAUACAGGCUUCUACUUGGUCCCCUCACUUUGGUAAUCAGCGACAGAAACGUUGAGCUCGUCGGCGAUCAUGCGGACGACUUCGACGAAGUCAUCAUGAAGACCCCCGCUCACAGUCUCAUCCACCCCAACGCCACACGCCUCACGCACUGGGUCUCUUUUUCAUCCCGCAGCGCCGGCGACGACGCGCCACCUUUCAUCAAAUUCGGCCACGGCUACCAGAUGGUAGGGAACAUUCUGUACCAUUUCCGUUCGAAAAGCAAAAACAACCACGACCCGACACUGCGGCAGAUUCGUACCAUCUCCCUGGGUGAUCACAUUCCUCUUUUCGACAAGAUGAAACUGAAGAAAGAACCGGUAUUGGUGGAUCUCGAACCGAUCAUCAUCCCCAACGACCAACUGACUUUAGAGCAUCUGGCGUCGGAGAAGUUCUACAUGUCGCCUAACAGCUGUCCCAUUGUAUCCGGUCUUCUAUCCAAAGUAUUAGCUGCCAAAUUCACUCAAGAUCAUCUAGACGCGAUCACCUUCUCACUGAAAACACCGGGUUGUGUACUGCAUAGUAUCCUGCAGAUGAAGCAGAGCAAGAGCUUAUUCGGCAACGCCAAUUCUUCGUAUAUUCGCAUUCCCUUGCGGCGUUCGCUGUUGAUUUCCCCCGGACAGGAUAUGGUGCUGGAGGUGUGGCCAGCACGACACUGCAGUCCGGUGCACGAUCACGGCAACUCCACGGCCGUCAUCAAGAUCCUACAGGGCUCCUUGAAAUCCGAGUGGUACAAUCCCAUCGUUAACGGCAGCUAUGAGCCGCCGGAGUUGAUUAAGGCGGAGACGGUGUACGCAGGGAAUAUCACGUGGAUGCGCUCGGAUCUGUAUCAGACGCAUAAACUGAUAAACGAGGAUGAUCACACGCCGGCGAUUUCGCUGCAGGUGUACCGGUAUGAAGAGGGCACCGGUGCGUAUAACGAGGAUUUCUUCUACUAUAAAAAAGGUCCGGAUGAUCCGUAUCUGGGGGCGUUUUUUCCCAGUAAGGAUAUCGAUAUUAAAGAAAUAAUUCACAAAGAUGGGAAAGUCAUGAAGGAGUAUCUCGGACAGCGGUGUUUGGGUUUCUGAUGAACUGUACGGUACCGAACGAAGAACUGUAUUGUGGAACGAGUUUUGAAUUGUUUGCUCGAGGCCGAUGUCAGGACUUAUAAUACCGGAUGACCAGCUGAUGUGAAACUGAUGAAUACGUACUGCUUUGAGAUCGGUUUGUGAAUGAUGCUGUAAAUUCAAAACCGAUUUCAUCGAAACGGUUUACCUGGCACAUUUUUCAGUACUGCGGUUUAGUGCUGUUGUUACUAAUGCUCACGAUUCCAUGUUUACUGCAUUGCUAUGGCAUUCGCUACGGUAGACUUGUCAUUAUCUCAUUUUGGUUCAGUGCUAUUACUCAACCCAUAGUACGUACCAGAGUAGCAUACCAACCAUCGUAAAAACAAAUAUAUAUA